AUGAAGACAUUUUUUUAUCAAUCUUUUUUCAUCUUUUCCUUUUUCGUUACUAUUAUUAAUGGAGACGAAGAUAAUGCAGAUUACAUGUCUGAUUUUAUGAAAGCACUGACUCCAACUCCAUCGGGCUGGUCUAACAAUACUCACUAUUGCAAAUGGAACGGCAUCCUUUGCCAAUCUAGUCGUGUUGUUUCCAUCAAACUUCCAUCGAGUUCACUGUCCGGAACAUUCCCUCCCAACUUCAACACUCUUACUAAUAUCACCCAUAUUGAUCUUCAUAACAACUCUCUCAUCGCUUCUUUACCUAAUUACUAUGGUCUCAACGCGCUUCAAACAGUCUCCCUCGGUCACAAUAACUUCACCUCAAUCCCAAACGGUUGCUUUCAACUCACGCAUGGUCUCAGAACCCUCAACCUUAGCAACAACCUGAAUCUAGAUCCAUGGGCAUUUCCUAUAGCUGACAUAGCAUUUUCCACCUCUAUGGAAACCAUUGAUCUUGAAGCUACUAACAUGAUUGAUUCAUUACUAUCUGAAAUGUUUAAUACGUUUCCAACUUUGCAUACUUUUAUUCUUUCCCAUAAUAACAUUAUAGGAAGUUUACCCCUAUCUCUCGGUGAAUCUAGAGUAAGGUGUUUACGGCUCAACAACCAGGGAUUUAAUUGGCUUACGGGUGCGAUUGAUGUGAUGUCAUCCAUGAGAUUCUUGUCUCAGGCGUGGCUUCGCAAUAACUUGUUCAAAGGUCCAAUACCUACCACGUUUAACUCCACUUAUUUGUCUGAUCUCCAGCUCAAGAAUAAUCACUUAGCUGGUUUGGUUCCACCUUCCUUGCUCGCCCUCACUAGUUUUGAACAACAUCUCUUUGGACCACAAUGCUCUUCAGUAAAUUACUCCAUUUGCUUCUGUGAUUGUUAA